UUACAGUGCAAAAAGGUCAUAUCAAUUGUUCCGUAGUGCUAAAAGAAACGCAGAGACUCCCAUUAAUUUUUGGUCUUGAUUUUUUAUUAAGCUAUGUUUGUAGAUUCUAAAAAUAUACUUUACAAAAAAUCCUCAAUACUUUUGAUAGCAGGAAUCAACCUCCUUAACUUAAAAUAAUACUUCCUUGUCCGUUAGGAUCACAGUGUGUCAGCCAUGCGUUGGAUGGUGGUCAUUGUUCUAACCUACAAGCUAAUUCUAUUAGAUAUUCAUGGACAAAGUUGUAAGUGUAAACUUUAAAAUCAAUACUAAAAUAAGAGAAAUGUAUUCAUCAGUAGUUAGUAACGAUUAAGAUACAAAUCAUUUCUAUCCACUAUAGAUCAAGUGUACUUCAGUGAUGAUCGAAGAGUUUAUUACCCUGGAGAUAAAAUACAGUGCACUGGUAUACACAAUAUGUACCAAUACUGGUACGGAAUCUAUAACUCUAACUUUAAUAAUGUUCGUAUUAUUAUACAACAAUAUUUGGCAAACGAAACAUAUGUGGAACUAUUGUCAUGUCAAUUUUUUUCUGGUAACGAAUGUUCUGCCCAUCUCAUCAACGAAGGAUGCAGAGAAGUAAAUGUAUCAUGCUCAGUUGUACAUUAUUAGGUGAUAUAUAGGAUUAAGCUUGAGACCGAGAUUAACAAAAUACACACCGUAACAAGAAAGAUCGUUAUUACCGACAGACCAUCCAUCAAAGCUUUUCAUAUUCACUAUAAAAAUGUGACUAAUGAAAAUUACACACAAAUUUUCUCAACUGGAAGUUUAAUAGAGUUGAUUUGCAGCGGAGAUGUUUCAAUUCUAAAUAGGAACGUUUUUCAGAAUUUAAAAUUUAGGUGGAAGAAUGGUUUAAUGAAAAUGCAAGAUCCACCUACAAUAAGAACAACCAGUAUUUUAGAUGAUGGAUGCAAAACCGACCAAACAGUAUCUGCCUUCCUGUACUUGAAAGAUGAACAAUUGGACACAGAAAUAAAUUGUCAAACUAUUUAUUGGGGAUCGUUUAGGAGAACAAUUCGGAAAUCUAUAAAUAUAAAAACAAUACCAGAGAGAAACCAAAUCCUGGGUCCUGUGGUUGUUAUAACAGAUGAGUUGGAGGAUAGAUCACUCCAAUCUUUGACAUGCAAGACUACAACUGAUAUCCUUAACUCAACAGAGAACAUUCAGUGGUGCAUCAGAAAAGAAAAGAACAUGCAGUAUGUCCCUCUUCCACUUCAAGAAGAUCAAAAGAUUGAAAUAUUUAAUAGAUCAACCGAAAAGACAAUUAAAAGCAGUGUUCUUUAUCAGUUACUGAAAAGUGAUGAAAAUGUGGAAAUUAUCUGUGAAACUAACUAUUCCAAAACCUGUGGAUCAGGCACAUUAAAAGGCACGGUUCUUUUAAACUCAGAACCAAUCAAAGCGCGAAAUGUACUUCAAAAUUAUACAAAUGUUACUUUGGAGCAAUCAGAUCAAUUGGAUAAUGGAUGUCCUACUGAUGAACCAAACAUUAUGCUCUAUGCCUCAGCUAGUGUGAUGACUGCUGGUAUCAUUAUUCUCCUAUCAGGCGUUUUUACAUUUUGCAGAGCGAAGAAAAGAGUAAAAAAUGAAGCCAGUACUUCUUCUUUGAAUGCUGCUGCGGAUAAAUCUAACAUGCCAAAAGCAAAUGGAUACAAAUCAGUCGGAAACAACCCUGUCUCGCAUGCGCACAAGAAUCAAAUAUCGUCUGGCGGCCAAAUCUCUUCGAAUGCCCCUGAUGGCAGCGAUGAUGGGGAUAUGUAUGAACCAAUAGAAUUACAUGAUUAUGAACCACAUGUUUAUGAAGGAAAACUCUAA